CCUUCAAGCUGGAAAUUCUGUCUCUCAUUUUCUUUCUCUGUUAGUAUAAUUUCGUUUCUGAACUAUCAUGUCUCUCUCUUAUCCCUACGAUGUCCUCCUUAACAAACCCAGAAGGUGGAGGAGCACAUCUGUUUCAGUUUCUUUGGAUUCUGGAUUGAAGAUUGCACAGAGAUCUAAAGAUGCAACUGUGUGCUUCCGAGGGCCUAAGGAAAGAAUUAAGGAAUUAUUCACAAAGGUUGAGCUCUCGGUUUCUUCCUAUGACACUGCUUGGGUCGCAAUGGUCCCUUCUCCGAGUUCCCCUCAGUACCCUUAUUUCCCCAAGUGUGUAACCUGGUUAUUGGGGAAUCAGCACCCUGAUGGUUCAUGGGGUCUUCCACAUUCCGAGUCCAUACUUAUUAAAGAUGCCUUGUCCUCCACAUUGGCAUGUGUGCUUGCACUUAAACGCUGGAAUGUUGGUGAAGAGCAUGUUAAAAAGGGCAUUCAUUUUAUUGUGUCUAACUUUGCUUCGGCAACUAAUGAGAAGCAGCAAUCUCCAAUUGGCUUUGAUAUCAUAUUUCCUGGGAUGAUUGAUUAUGCUAAAGACAUGGGUUUAAAUAUCCCUCUUAGCCCACCAAUUCUAGAUUCUUUACUUCACAAGAGAGACUUGGAGUUCAAAAGAGCUUCUACAAGCAGUUCUGAGAGAAGCAAAGCAUAUCUAGCAUAUGUUGCAGAAGGACUGGGAAAGUUACAGGAUUGGCAUGAUGUCAUGAAAUAUCAGAGGGAAAAUGGAUCUCUGUUUAAUUCACCAUCUACAACUGCUGCUGCUUUUAUUCACUUUCAGGAUGCUAACUGCCUCAAUUACUUGCACUCAGUCUUAGAAAGGUUUGGCGAUGCAGUUCCUACAACUUAUCCUUCAGAUACAUAUGCUCGUCUUUGUAUGGUGGACAUUCUGGUGGGGUUGGGAAUUGAUCGUCAUUUUAGGGAUGAAAUUAAAGUUGUUUUGGAUGAAACAUACAGAUACUGGUUGCAGGGUGUUGAUGAGAUAUUCUUAGACCCUGUCACAUGUGCCAUGGCAUUUCGGAUCUUACGUAUAAAUGGAUACAAUGUCCCUUCUGAUGCAUUAGCUCAAUUUGAUGAAGAAAAACAUUUAUGUGAUCCACUUGAAGGAUUUAUGGGGGACAUCAACGCUUUAUUUGAGUUAUACAAGGCUUCAGAAAUCAUGAUAUUACCUAAUGAACCAGUUUUGGAGAAGUUGAAUAACUGGUUAAGUCGUUAUCUGAAACAGGAAUUAUCCAACGAUUCAUUGGAUGGAGUCCAUAAAUAUAUAAGCAAAGAGGUGGAAUAUACCCUAAAAUUCCCCCACUAUACCAGUUUGGAACGCCUCCAGAGCAGGAGUAAUAUUGAGAAUUACAAUGUAAAUAGUCUGAGAGUCCUGAAAACGGCAUACAGGUGCUUAAAUAUUAACAAUCAAAAUUUCCUAGAGCUGGCAAUGGAAGACUUCAAUUUCUGUCAAGAAAUCCACUGUAAAGAACUCCAGCAUCUAGAGUUGUGGGUGAAAGAGAACAAAUUAGAUAAGCUAAAGUUUGCAAGGCAGAAACUGGUGUACUGUUACUUCUCUGGUGCGGCAACCCUUUUCUCUCCUGAGCUAUCUGAUGCCCGCAUGUCCUGGGCCAAAAACGGUGUCCUCACCACCGUGGUUGAUGACUUCUUUGACUAUGGAGGUUCUAAAGAAGAAUUAGUAAAUCUUAUUGAAUUGGUUGAGAAGUGGGAUGGAAAUCAGGCCGCUCAUUGUUGUUCUGAAGAAGUGCAAAUCAUAUAUUCUGUACUUUACAAUACAGUCAAUGAGCUUGGAAACAAAGCAUUCGCAUGGCAACGGCGCAGCGUCACCAGCAACAUAAUUGACAUUUGGCUUAGUUUGCUUAAUUCCAUGAUGGAGGAGGCAGAGUGGGCUAGAAACAAUUCAGCACCAACAAUGGAUGAAUAUAUGACAAAUGGAUAUGUAUCAAUUGCUUUGGGACCUAUUGUUCUCCCAGCUCUUUAUUUUGUUGGGCCCGAGCUUUCAGAGGAGGUUGUCAAUGGUACAGAGUACCACAAUCUAUACAAGCUUAUGAGCACAUGUGGGCGUCUCCUCAAUGAUGUCCAGGGCUUCAAGAGGGAAUCAGAGCAAGGAAAGCUGAAUGGUGUUUUCUUGCAAAUGAUGCACAGCUGCUCUGGCACUAUUACCAAAGAAGAGGCCAUAAGAGAGAUCAGGGCUGUCAUUGAGAGUAAUAGGAGGCAGCUCUUGGAAUUAGUAUUGAAGACAGAGGGAAGUGUAGUUCCAAGAGUAUGCAAGGAUGUAUUUUGGAAGAUGAGCAAAAUACUACACCUUUUCUACAUGAGAAAUGAUGGGUUCACAUCUCCAAAGGAAAUGAUCAAUUAUGUGAAUGCAGUCAUUUAUGAACCAAUCAAUCCUAUAUAAUAAAGGAUGAA